AUGUCAAUUCUUCAACCCCAUCAUCUUUCAAGCUCAAUCUUCUAUCCAGAUAUGCGACUCGCUGAAUCAAAAGAUGUCAUUCUACAGCCGUUGUCACUCUUGGUAUGGUUUUCAGGUGCAGUACCUCGUCACCUCGCUCAUUUGAAUAUUCCUAUUGAAAUUUCUGUGUCUUUGAAAGACGAAUACAAAUCAUUCACGGUACUGGUAAUCGAGAUAGUGUCUCAGCAGCCUCAUCCCUCGAAUAAUUCCGCGACUUUCAGUCAAUCUUACUCUGAAACUGAUAACGACAUGUCAUUUCCUUUCCUUCCACUUCCGCCAACAUUCGACCACACGGAUUCUGACCACUGGGCGGAACUCUUGGACAACAUCCAAUCAUGGCUCGUGAAAUCCGUGGAUCCGAGUACGCCUGAUGGGCUUGGGGCUGGGAAGUGUUCUGGCGGGAAAUGGUCCUUCUGGGAUUCUAGCAUUUCCCUCGAGAGCCAAUUUAUCGAGGAGUGGGUGGGAAGUGGCGGCAUUUUCAGUACGGUCAUCGACGACGACAGCGAGCUAGCCACUGUCUCUACACACACUGAUACCCUGGACUACAUUUGGACUGAAUUUUCGAGUCACAUCGCACUUUUUUAUCCCCAUCCUUUGGUUUCUACUUCAUGA